AUGCGCCGAGUGGGACUGGCGAGCCAGAAGACCAUGGCGUGGGCUCCUGCAGGCUCUGCCGUGGAGGAGUUGAUGCCCAGGCUCUUGCCUGUGGAACCGUGUGACCUGACGGAAGGUUUCGAUCCUUCGGUCCCUCCGAGGACGCCCCAGGAAUACUUGAGGCGGGUCCAGAUCGAAGCAGCUCAAUGUCCAGAUGUUGUUGUUGCUCAAAUAGACCCAAAGAAGUUGAAAAGGAAGCAAAGUGUGAAUGUUUCCCUUUCAGGAUGCCAGCCUGCGCCUGAAGGAUAUUCCCCUACACUUCAGUGGCAGCAGCAACAAGUGGCACACUUUUCAGCUGUUCGACAGAGUGUGAACAGACAUAGAAGUCACUGGAAAUCACAACAAUUGGAUAGUAACGUGACCAUGCCCAAAUCUGAAGAUGAAGAAGGCUGGAAAAAAUUUUGUCUAGGAGAAAGGUUAUUUGUUAAAGGGGCUGUUGGACCAGUUACAAAUGAAAGUCCUGGAAUCGAUUAUGUACAAAUUGGUUUUCCUCCCCUGCUUAGUAUCGUUAGCAGAAUGAAUCAGGCAACAGUAACUAGCGUCUUGGAAUAUCUGAGUAAUUGGUUUGGAGAAAAAGAUUUUACUCCAGAAUUGGGAAGGUGGUUUUAUGCUUUAUUGGCUUGUCUGGAAAAACCUUUAUUGCCUGAGGCACAUUCACUGAUUCGACAGCUUGCAAGAAGGUGCUCCGAAGUCAGACUCUUAGUAGACAGCAAAGAUGAUGACCGAGUUCCUGCUUUAAAUUUAUUAAUCUGCUUAGUUAGCAGAUAUUUUGAUCAGCGUGAUUUAGCUGAUGAGCCAUCCUGAUGUAGCUGAUCUUGGGGACAAAAGACAUUUGUUGAUGAAGACAGUUUAGGAGAGCAGUGAGUGCCAUCACUUUGCUUCCUGUCAUCAGUACUAUGUGAAGCGGCCUCAUCUUAGCCUGUGCAACUAAAGAUAAUAUUCAGAAGAUGGACUUACUGUUUUGAUUAUCUGAAGUAUCUUUGGAGAAUUCCAGUUUCUGAUAAAUAAUUUAAAAGGUUUUUUGUAGUUACAUGCAUUUAAAACAAAUUGAGUGUCAUUUAUUGGUCAAAUGUCUUUCACUAAAACUGUAUGAUGAAAUUUUAUAAAUUUUUUUGAUGCUGUUUCAUGACUGUUUA